GUGGCACCCUGGCCGAGCUCGUGGCAUUAAUCUACGGUGAGCGACAGCGUGGCAUCAAGCAGAGGCUGCCAGAUCUCACCGUGGCAAAGCUGCUGAAGAUGAGGAAGUUUGCAGAGGAGCUGCAUAGCCGUGGACUUCUUGGGGAGAAGGCGGAGGAUGAGAUUCGAAAGCUUGGGGAGCACAGGAUUUCGCAGUUUGAGUUUUGCUGCUUCCUCCUUGUUCAGAAUGACAUCAUCAGCAUGGACGACGUGGAGGUGAUUUCCAAGAAUUUCCUUCAGCUUGACUUAUCUGGGGAUGGAGCACUCUGGACAAAAGAUGCUCUAGCCUGGGAGCUGAAAAGGCUACUCCAGCCGAAGACCAAGAAGGGAGCAAUCGGCAAGGACGUGCCGGACAAGAAGAACGAAGAUAUCUCAAAAGCCGAGGCUGAAAAGUUACAAAACUCGCUGGAUGCCAUUGACAUGAAGACCGCGGGCUGCAUCGAGCUCUCAGAGCUUGAAAAGGCGCUGGUCAAGGUGGGCGUCGAUGCGUCAGGAGAUUAUGUCAAGAAGUUUUUCUUGGAGCUGGAUCUCAAUGGCGAUGGCAAGAUCAGCUUCCAGGAGUACAAAGCGCUCAUUCGCAAGCUUUGUCGCACACGCAGUGCGCCCGCGGAUUCUCUGGAUCCAGAAGCGGAGAAUUUCGAAAAGGAUCUAUCAGUUUCUCAAGGCUACAAGUCCGAGGCUAGCAUUGGCACAGAAAAAGCUUCCAAGAAGUAUGGUCAGGGGUCGCCAGGCCUGCGUUUCAACUGGACCUGUGCUGUGACAGUGAAUCAUGCGCAAGGCAUAUCUGCGUUUGACGGGGAAGAUAUGGAUGGUGGCUUUGAGAUCCUGGGCAAGGCCGACCGUACACAAAGCGCAGAAGGUGAGCUGCUAGGCUAUUUGACCACACCCGUGCUAGAAGAGGGCUCUCCCACUGGCGGACGGGCCAAAAAGCGACAAGACAAAGCUGCUGUGAGCACCUCGCAGGACAUGCCGUCAGGCGAUGGCUUAGCUGACAUCCGCGAGCGGCUCUUGGCAAGUGAUUCCGAGUCUGACCAAGAAGGCCAGGAUUCGGAGUCCGACGCCGAGGAUGCAGGUGAAGAGGGUCAGGAUGCAGGCGCUCGGCCCGCGCAAGCACCCUUUAGCUGGUCGCAGCUUGCUGAGGGAGACGAUGCAGCGCAGCUUGGGCCUCUACCAGCGCGUCAGCUGGAGCGGGCUGGGGGUGGCGACAGAAUACAGGCUGCCACGUUUGGAGGGCGCUACACUGACCAAGAUCGCCUACCGGGCUCUCGACGCAUUGCUCGCAGAAAAGCCCUUGGCGUUCGCACGAAGAAUCGGCUCGAUGCAGGCCGAAAUUACGCUUCGCCGGAUGACGACCUGCUUCUCUGA